GGUUCAGUCCGUCGCACACAAGUGACGUCGUGCCGUUUAAAUAAAGUUUUUGUAGGGUUUUGCGUCAACGCUUCGAUCAUGGCCGCCGUAGACGUGGAAGACGAGAGUAUCCUGGCCUCGAUCUUUAAAGACAGCUUUCCUGAGAACUGGAGAGAGAAGCCGGACUUCGCGGCGUAUUUGUCGCAGCUGAGCUCUUGCGGCGUGGAUGAGCUGAACCGGGAGCCGGAGCGUCUGGCGGAGGAGCGGGCGCAGAUCCUGCAGCAGACUCGCGAGCUGGCCUUCACCAACUACAAGACGUUCAUCAGGACCGCGGACUGCACACAGCACAUCUACACCGACUUCAGCACGGUGGAGAACUGCCUCUCCAAACUACUGCACAAGCUCCCCAGCUUCACUGAGAGAUGCAGAGGUUUUAUAAAGGAGGCAGAGGAGAUCAGCGUCAGCAGGCGUAUGAACAGCCUGACACUGAAUCGACACACUGAGAUCUUGGAGAUUCUGGAGAUCCCUCAGCUGAUGGACACGUGCGUGCGUAACGGAUACUACGAGGAGGCGCUGGAGCUCGCCGCUUAUGUGAAGAGACUGGAGAAAAAACAUUCAUCACUUCCUGUCAUUCAGGGAAUUGUGCACGAGGUUCGACUGUCUGCUCAGCUCAUGCUGAACCAACUUCUUCAGCAGCUGCGUAGUAAUACACAGCUGCCGGUUUGCCUGCGCGUGAUCGGAUACUUGCGCAGAAUGGAUGUUUUCACCGAAGCCGAGCUGCGUGUCAAGUUCCUGCAAGCCCGUGGAAGUUGGCUGCGAUCCAUUCUCGCCGCCAUCCCAGACGAAGACCCGUACUUCCACAUUACCAAAACCAUCGAAACCUGCCGUGUGCAUCUCUUCGACAUCAUCACCCAGUAUCGUGCCAUAUUCUCCGACGAGGAUCCGUUGCUGCCGCCCGGCGGUCAGGCAUUGAACGAGAGCGCCAUCUUUCACGGAUGGGUGGUGCAGCAGGCGGCGCAGUUCUUGGAGACCCUCGAUCGGGACCUCCAGCGUGGGGUGGGAAGCCGUUUGGACUCUCUGCUCGGCCAGUGCAUGUACUUCGGGCUUUCCUUUAGCCGGGUCGGGGCAGAUUUCCGUGGCCAACUCGCUCCCAUAUUUCAGCAGGUUGCCAUGGAGACGUUCCGAAAGGCUGUUCAGGAAGCAGUGGACAAGUUCCAAGAGGAUAUGAACUUGUACACACUAAUUUCUCUGCCGUCGAUACUUGGAAGCACCAUUCCGCCGGCGGUCCCGAGCACCCAGCCGGGCACACUGCAGCCCCCCAUGGCCCUGCUGGAUUUCCCACCUCUAGCCUGCUUCCUCAAUAACCUCCUGACAGCCUUCAAUGACUUAAGACUGUGCUGCCCUAUUGGACUCGCACAGGAAGUUAGUAGAUGUGUUGAGGAAGCCCUUAUUAAGGUGACCAAGUUGAUCCUGGUUUUCCAUCGAGCUGAGGAAUCUGCCUUCAGUAGCCGUGAACGAGAGUUAUUCGUUCAGUUCUGCAGUGCAUUUGCUGAAGACAUGGUGCCUUUCUUGAACCGAUGUUUACAAGUUCUCUUUCCUCCAGCCCAGCUUGCUCUCAUACUGGGCGUUCCACCAACCCAGGUUUAUAAAUAUGGCAGUCUUGGCUGCAUCGAUGUGAACGCAGUUCUGGAGCCGCUGGAGUUUGUUCUGCCACAGAAGGAGCCCGUGACCUCUGUCCUGGAUCUCUGCACUGAUCUGGGCAGCCUGACCACAGCUGAAUCAGAUCCCUCGACUACACUCAAACCCGUAACACCUCAUGAAGAAAAACCUGUACUGUCUGAACAACAAGAGCCUGUGUCAGCAUCUGAUCCUCAUCUUUCUCAAAAAGAGAACAUUUCUGCUGAAGCAGUCAGUACCGAGCAAAACAACCCAAUCCUGGAGCCUGAAAUGAACUUUGAUGUACAGGACUUGACUGGACCAGAUGAUUUGUCCACAACAGAUAUUAAUGUUGAGGAGAUGUCAAAAUAAUAAUAAUAAAAAUAAAAAAACACUACAUGCAGGGUGUGUUUUUAGGGGUCCUAAAAAAUUAUGCUUUGUUUUGAUAGCAAAUAACAAUCUGGACAUACUUUUACCAGGGCUUGGUUUGCAGCUUUAUUU